UAACGGCGCGGGGCGGCAUGGGCUCGGGCCACCGUCUCCGCCCGGCCGCCCGCCCGGACUGUCGCGGCCCGCGGUGGAGACGGCGGCCUCAGCAAAGUUUCCCCGGUGGCGGCCCGGAGGCGCAUCCUCCCGCAACUGUCAAGCGCUGGCGGCGGAAAUGAUGAGGCGCUGGCCAUUUUCCGAGCUCGGGUUUCCUGCCUGAGCCCAGCUCGAGCGAGCCGCGAGCCAGGAGCCGGCGCGCGGGAGAGAACGCGCCCGGGGCGGGGGCCCUCCCGCCCCCUAGGGAUUUCGGGGGGCCGGGGGCGCGCGACGCCAUGGGCCGGCCGGGCCCGGACCCCCUCUCUUUCAGCCCGGCAGCUCUACCUUGGUCUCCACCAUGAACGGGCCCACCUUGCAGUCCUCCUCGGCCUCCUCCGCAUCCUCGGCGGCGACGGCCCCAUCCCCGCGAGGCUGGAGCGAGUUCUGCGAGCUGCACGCGGUGGCCGCAGCCCGGGAGCUAGCCCGGCAGUACUGGCUUUUCGCCCGCGAGCACCCGCACCACGCGCCGCUGCGCGCCGAGCUCGUGUCGCUGCAGUUCACCGACCUCUUCCAGCGCUACUUCUGCCGCGAGGUGCGCGAGGGCCGGGCGCCCGGGCUGUCGGGCACCCGGGCCGCCGCCCCCGCGCGCGACUACCGUGAGACUGGCCGCGGGACCCCGGCCAAGGCCGAGGCGUCCCCAGCCGAGCCGGGCCCCGCCGCCCCCGCCCCCGCCCCCGGCCUUCCCAAGGCCCGCAGCUCGGAGGAGCUGGCCCCGCCGCGGCCGGCCUGCUCCCUCCAGCACCUGCGCCACAGUCUCCGCCACAUCUUCCGCCACCGCUCGGCCGGUGAGCUGCCCGCGGCCCCCAGCGCGGCAGCGGGGGAGGCAGGCGAGGCCCCGGCCAGGCCCGGCCUGGCCAGGAAGCUCCUGCCCUGGAGCCUGGCCCGGGAGCCGCCACCUGAGGCCCUCAAGGAGGCGACGCUGCGGUACAGCCUGGCCGACGAGGCCUCCAUGGACAGCGGGGCGCGCUGGCAAAGGGGGCGGCUGGCGCUGCGGCGCGCGGGCCCCGACGGCGCGGACCGCCUGCUGGAGCUCUUCGACCCACCCAAGAGUUCAAAGCCCAAGCUACAAGCAGCCUGCUCCAGCAUCCAGGAGAUUCGGCGAUGCACACGUCUCGAGAUGCCUGACAACCUCUACACCUUUGUGCUGAAGGUGAAGGAUCGGACAGACAUCAUCUUUGAGGUGGGAGAUGAGCAGCAGCUGAACUCAUGGAUGGCCGAGCUCCGGGAGUGCGCAGGCCAAGGCAGACUCAGCACAGACCCAGAGAUGCAUAUUCCCUCAGCCUUAGAGCCCGGCACAUCUAACUCUCCAAGGGGAAGCACAGAUUCCUUGAACCAAGGUGAGGGGUCAGGGCCUUUGUCCUCCGGUGUGUCGGAACUCAGCCCAGGACAUAAGGCACAUACAAAGGAUCACCGUUACCUGUCUCCUUCUCUAUCAGGUGCUUCUCCUGGGGGGUUGCUGGAUCCAGCCUGCCAGAAAACAGAUCACUUCCUGUCCUGCUACCCCUGGUUCCAUGGCCCCAUCUCCCGAGUGAAGGCAGCUCAGCUGGUUCAGCUGCAGGGUCCUGACGCUCAUGGAGUGUUCCUGGUACGGCAGAGUGAGACUCGGCGUGGGGAGUACGUGCUCACGUUCAACUUCCAGGGCAUAGCCAAGCACCUGCGCCUGUCACUGACUGAGCGGGGCCAGUGUCGCGUGCAACACCUCCACUUCCCCUCGGUUGUGGACAUGCUCCACCACUUCCAGCGCUCACCCAUCCCACUCGAGUGCGGGGCUGCCUGUGACGUCCGGCUGUCCAGCUAUGUGGUAGUCGUCUCCCAGCCACCAGGUGUGACCCUAAUGCCCCUUGAUAAAGGGGGUGGUGGCACUGGGAACCGAGACCUCGUGUUGUGUCCUUCCAACACUUGCCUCCACCCCGUUAAGACUGACAGUGUGGUCUCUCUCUUGGUCACUUGUCCCCCAGGUUCCUCCAACACUGUCCUGUUCCCUUUCUCCCUCUCUCGCUGGGAUUCAGAGCUGGGCCUUCCCCACCUUAGCGCUUCUGGCUGUCCACGGGGGCUCGGCCCAGAGGGUCUCCCAGGCCGGUCCUCUCCCCCAGAGCAGAUCUUCCACCUGGUGCCUUCGCCUGAGGAACUGGCCAACAGCCUGCGGCACCUGGAGCCCGAGCCCACCAGUCGAGCCCGGGACUCGGACUAUGAAAUGGACUCCUCCUCCCGGAGCCACCUGCGGGCCAUAGACAAUCAGUACACGCCUCUCUGACAGGCCUCCCAGAGGCCCCUGAGAAGCACAAGCAAGUAGAGAUGUGAACUUCUGAAUGUAACUUUCUUUCCUUCCUUCCAGAGAGAGAUUUAAGGGACACUGUUAACUGUUGAUUCCAGUUUGGAUGUGACCCUUCAAUUAGGCCUGUUAAAGGGCCUCCUAGAAGUUCCAUUCUCACCUGGCUUUCUCCUUAUUGUUUACAGAUGUAGUUCUUGUUCGUGGAUGUCGCCAGCUCCUGCCCUGGGUCCCUAGGACCAGGCCCCAUCACUCUUAGAGGGGGGCAGUGGGGUGAGGGCUGGAGUUGGCAGUGGAAACUUGUUCUCUUUUUCACUGACACUGUCCCAGCUGGCAGACUUUCUACUUGGGGAGGGGGGAGGGGGGCCCAUCAGGAAGCCCAAAACACUAACAAGCCCUGGAUUCUCCUGUGGUUUUUUUUCCCGUUAUAGCUUCAGUCCACGUGGCGGGUCUGCUGUACCCAAGCCACAGGUGACCACACCUAUCCUGCUUCGACUCUCAACUUUAGGACAAAGUUCUGGCAGAUGGACAAGCUAAAGGUCAAAAAUGAUUUUAAACAUUUUUACCUCAGAUUAAUUUUUCAAAGGAUUCAGGUUUCAAAAUUAAACCACUGCUUAUUUCAUUGCACUGUUUGAACUAAUACCCAUGCGAUUUUUGUAGUCAGAGACAGCUAUGCAAAUCCUACUUGACCAGUUCCUGGUUCGAGCCAGCAUGCCUGGCUUCCUUGUCUAUUGCAUCCUCAGGACAGUCACCUGUUGCUGAGGAGCCACUGUCCUUCCUAAAUGUAGAGAAGUGAAGUGUGUCACCCUUUCAGGGAAAUUCAGGCAAUUACUGAAAUAGGAGGGUGGCAAGGAACAAUUCCACCCUGGUGCCUUAUGAAUAAAAAACUGGAUUCUGGUUUA